AUGGACAGCGGUGAGGGAGGAGGGGAUGGAGGGGGAGGAGAGGAGAGAGAUGCUGACCUCAGCCCCCAGGCUUUAUCUCUUCCUCUCCUGACCCUGGCGGCCAUUCCUGAGCAGGGGUCGUCCUCUCAUACCUCAGCCGUGGCCCUGGCCAAAGAGCCCCCGACCCUGUCUCAGCGUGAGGAGCAGGAGGAGGGGGCAGAAGGGUCCCAGGCCAGAGAAGAGACCCAGGGAGGAGAGGGGAAAGAAGCAGGCAGACAUUUCCAGGGGAACGUGGGGUGUCAAACCCAGGAGAUAAAGGAAGACAACGGGCAGGGAUAUUUGUUAGGGCGUGAGAAGGAAGAAGAGGAAGUGUACACAAGUACAAGAGAGGAUUCAUUAACAGCGGCCCUCAGCGGCAGAGAGGGAGAGGAGGGGAAGGAGGAGGAGGAGGCCAUCUCAAACCAAAGCCAAACCAAAUCCAAAUGUUCUUUAUUACCUCAACAGAGCCAGCACAGCUCUUCUUCCAGCACUGCAAUGGCCAGCGGCACAUCCAACAGCAAAACAACCGCCUCUCCAAAGCCCUCCCCCACUCCUUCCGCCUCUCCAACGCCGUCCUCUUUUCUCUCCACCUCUCCAAAGCACUUCACUUGUCCUCCCUCCUCAUCCACCCCGCUGAGUGAGACAGAGGUAAAAGACAUGAAGGGAGAUUGGGGCUGGAUUUCUGGGUUUCCGCAGAGCUUUAAAUCCCAGCAGUCUGCCCCGGGUUUCCCGCUGGCAGGCGCACAGUUCGCCUGUACACCCGCUGAGGAUGAUGGGCCAGCAGGGGUUCCUCACACUUCCAUUGCCAAUGGAGACGGUGCCAAAGCUCCAGGACCAAAUAACAGCCAGCUAGAGAAUGAAGAGCGAGACAAAGACGGAGAACAGAAGGAAGCUGUCCUUUUAAACCUCAACCAAGACCUCUCCCCCAACUCACUGACCAGUCACAUGACCAUAAUGCACUCACGCAACUCCUGUAAGACGCUCAAAUGCCCCAAGUGCAACUGGCACUACAAGUCUCAGCAUACACUGCAAGUCCACAUGAGAGAGAAACACCCAGAGACAGGGGGCCAGUGUGUGUGUGGUGGCUCCGGAGGAAAGUGCGUGUGUGGUGGCGCCACAAGGGGUGUGUGUAGGUAUUGCAGCUCGGGGAAGCCCCACCCUCGCCUGGCCCGUGGCGAGACGUAUGCUUGUGGUUACAAGCCCUACCGCUGUGAGGUGUGCGACUACGCUACCUCAUCGAAAGGCAACCUCAGCAUACACAUGCAGUCGGACAAACACCUUAACAAUGUCCAGAACGGGGGGCACUCUAAUGGUCAAAUGCACACUUCUCACACUACACACGUCCACAACGGCAACCCAUCCAACGGUCACGCUGUGGACGAGCAGGCCUACAAACUUGCGCUCCCUAGCCACACUCCUGCCACCCAGCCUGCUAAGCCCGCGCCACCCACGCACUCUCACCCCCUUGGAAAGCGCUGGCGGUGUGAUGUGUGCGACUACGAGACCAGCAUUGCCAGGAACCUGCGCAUACACACCACCAGCGAGAAACACACACACAAUAUGUUGAGGCUCCAAAGAGGCUACUACCUGUCUCACUGCGGGAGCCUGACCCCCCAGCUUAAACACCUACAAAAUGCAGGUGGUGAGCUCUCCUUGAACCUGCACUUGACCAGUCAGCAAGUCACGGAACAGCCGGUCAACCUCGGCUCUACACUUACUCCUUCUCCAUCCCCCUCUCCCUCUCCCCCUCCCGCCCCGUCUCUGUCUCCCACCGGACCCCUUUCCACGGGUGUGUUCCAAUGCCUUGUCUGCUCCUGUUUCUCCUCCGAUAGCCUGGAGUCAGUGGAGCAGCACUUAAACAACCCUCGCUCCCUGCCCCAGUCUGAGUGGUGCUCCCUGGUCGCCGGAGGCUGCCACUGCAGGCUAUGCGGCUACACCACCCCUCUGAGAGCCAAUUUUUCUCUGCAUUGCCAGACAGACAGGCACCGCACCAGGUACCAGCUUGCAGCUCACCUCCAGGAAGGUGGAGACAGGGGUCAGGAGGCGGUAGCCCUCAUUGCUAAGGGCAACCCGGUCCAGCUGAGGUGCAACCUGUGCGACUACGUUUCCAGCAGCCUGGAGAAGCUCCGAGGACAUUCCCUCAGUUCACACCACGAGGCUAGCGUCCGGGUCUACAGAUUUCUGCAGCAGUAUGACGGUGAGGUUGACGGUGGCCUGUGGAUGUUCCAUUGUCUCCUGUGCAACCACUCCUCCUCAUCUAAAUUCCAAUUGCUGAAACACAGUCAAACCCCUACUCAUCAGCAGAGGGAGGGGCUACUGCAGCUUCAACCAAUGGGAGGAGAGGAGCUGGCAGCCAUUUUUACCAUCAGGAAAAGCCCCAUUAAUGUCACAGGAGGGUUAAGUGAGGAUAUCGAAACUUCCAGUGAGACUACUGCUGGUCAUUUGGACCAAACCAAAGACACAUGUAACUUGGGGGUUAAACAAAUUUCUAAAGAGACAGAAGAAACAUGUGGAAAAGAGAGGGAGAAGAGAGGCUCGCUGACCUCGAGCAAACGUGCAUCCUCAAGAUGUGAGGAAACGGAGAACCCCCUCUCGCCCAAACGCCCCCGAAUACACCAGCAAAAUGAGAACCAGCAGACUGUCCAGUGCCCUCUGUGCCAGGUUAAACUGCCGUACACACACCUGAGACAGCAUCUCACGCACCUGCACAGCGUGGCCCAGGACUGCGUGGACAAGCUCAUCAGCGCAGUGUCGCCAUCCAUGGAGCAGCCAAAACCUAAUGCGGAGACUGAAAAGACGGAGACCGACUCCAACGCCGAUAUUUCUCCAAAUGACUCUUGCAUGGAUAACAUAAAUACAGACGCCACCCACAACACCGAUUCCCCAAUCGCAGAUGAUUCACAAAAAAACAAAGGUACGUCUGUGAAGAAUGAGGGAAAUGAAGCCGCACCCAAAGAUGUCACUGCUCUGCUCACCCCACCCCUGGAAGACACCGCCGCUCACCCUUCUAAUGGCAGACUGGCCCCUGAAUCCCCCACACACUCCCCCCCAUCCUCCCCGCCCAGCUCCUCACCCAGUGAGCCUCCUCCCCCUUCUGAUCGCCAUGGUUACCGGUUCCGUUGCAGCAGGUGCAGCCUGGCAUUCCCCACUCAAGAGAAACUCCAGCUGCACUGGCAGUACCAUGCCAUGAGGGCGGCGACUGAGUGCCCACUUUGUUCCAGACGUUGUCGCAGCCAAGAGGCUCUGCACAGACACAUGCAGAACACACAUGCCCAGCUGGACAGCACAGAUGUACAGAGUACACUCCUACCACCUCAGACUGCCCAGUUGCACCUGGAACACAGCUUGAGCUCAGUUCAACAAGACCUAAGUCUGUCACCUCAAGUAGGUCAAGAAGCUGGUGAGGGUGAGGAAGAAGAUAUAGCAGAGGAGGCACUGGGAAUAGAGGGAAAGGAAGAACAAAGAGAGGAAGAGACGAUCAAAGAAAAGUGUAAGGUAGGCAAUAGAGGUGAGGAAGAACUAAUGGAAGUAGAGAGAGGGCAACAGGAAGAGAGUGGAUCAGGACCAAAUCCUAGCCACCCUUUCAAAAAGAGUUCUAACUCCACAAUGGACAGGUAUCUGGACCCAUCCCGGCCAUAUAAAUGCACCAUAUGUUCUGAAUCUUUCACUCAGAAGACUAUACUCCUGGUCCACUAUAACUCUGUCUCCCAUCUCCAUCGGGCCAGACGAGCACUACAGGACUCUGGCCCAGGCCUUGCUAGCCCUGAGGCCCCCCGGGGCCCAGACUCCAGACCCUACCGAUGCCGACUUUGUGGGGUGGGCUACAGCCAGAGCUCAACACUUGAUAUCCAUCUCCGUUCUGUCCUCCACCAGACCAGGGCCCGUGCUGCCCAGAACAUGGCAACACAGACCCCUGCCUCAAGCAUAGCUGCUCCAGCUGCCAUCACUCCAGCUCAGACUGCUGCCAACAGAGAGGAGAAUUCAAAGAGUCUGCCUUUAGCCAAGAAGCCAGACCUGAUAACCCCCUCCACUUCUUCUCUGGUAGUCCCCUGCUCAGUGGCUGAAACCCAACUAACUGUCCCUGGCCACAGUGAUAGCCAGCAGGCUAAAAAGAGAGUGGCAGACCUGCUAGCAUCCAGGAACCAGUUAAUGCUAAUGCAACAGCAGCAGUUGGCCCAGGCACAAGUGCAGCUUCAACAACACACAGCCCUUCUCCAGUCCCCGCUCUUCAACCCAGCACUUCUACAGCACCAUCCCUUGGGACAUGACAGUAUCCUGAAGCAACACUUCCCUCUAGUACCCGACAACCUGCUCUCUCUGCAACAGCAACUUCUUCUGCCCUUUUAUCUGUCUGGAGAGAUGAAGCUUAACUCAGACUUAACCCUUAAGAGCCCAGAACAGCCAGACUCCGUAAACUCCAUCUCACCAGAUCAUCUUAAAGGAGAGGCUAUGAAAGAGUCCCCAUCCCAAAUAGAGGAGGAACAAAUAGAGGAGGAAGAAACCCGAAGUUUAGACUUGACUGUAACUCAACCAAAUGUUCAUGUGCAAUGUGAGGCCAAGGUUGAGGCAGGCUACAUUAACUCCUCCGUGAAACAGGCAGAGAGAACAUACUGCACAUCUAUCCUGGAGGAGGAGAAAACAGAAAACAUUGUCCCUGCUGUAAAAACUGAGAAGCAGGUAAAAGAAAUUAGUCAUGUUGAUGGGUCCUCCCUUAAUGACCAUGGAUCAGAGUUUCCUCCUCCUAGAGUGCCCUACACUGCGGUAAACGGAGAGCCUCUUAGAGCCUUGCUGCAGAGUUAUGGAUAUGAAUUGGCACUGCAAUAUACACAGAAUAGACAGAGGCACCAGCUAAAGAUAGCAACCCAGAUGGCACCAGAGGGACAAGGUAGCUCUGGUCUCAGAAAAGGGGAGGUAUGCUCAGAGGAGGAGAGAGAUGAAUUUAGGGAACAACAGAAUGAGAAGGUGGUGGGGUGGAAAGAGAAGAAUAGACAAGGAGAAAGAGGAAAUGGGGAGAUGGAAAGGUUGUCACAAGAGAAAAAACAAAACGAACAGAAAGAACCACUAAUUGGAAGAAUUGGAUGCUGUGGAGGAGGAGAGAAGUGUAAAGACUGUGGCAAAUUGUUUUCAGAUGCCUUGGUUCUGAAGAGCCACCAAGAGUACAUUCAUAGGUUGCUGUUUCCCACUAUAGUCCUGGAGAGGUUUUCCAGAGAGUAUAGACUGCAGUAUGACCGUCUAUACCCUAUGACAAAACCCACAACCGAGGAGACAUCGGGUGCUACCACCCCAAGUCUACCUUCAGCCCCAGCUCCUGAACCAGAACCAGCACCAGACUUAGAGCCAGUCAAGUCCCCAGUUAAAACUCUCCCAAUCACACCUGCCCCCUCCGCUUUAGAUCCAGCACCCAAAACUUCUGCUAUAGCCACAGAUCUAACACCAACUGCUCCUGUAAUUUCCCCUUCAUCUCCUCACUCGCAGGUAUUUCCACCAAAGGAGGUGCCCACCACAAGUACUGGUGCUCCAGCCAUCUCUCAAAUUACAUCCCAGGCUAAGCCUGUGCCCCUCCCCUUACCUGUGCUCUCUCUUCCACUGCCACAACUUCCUCUACCCCCACUGCCUUUACCUAAGCUCCCCUUGCCACCCAUCCCCUUUCCGAUGGAGAUGUCUCUCCUCUCUCCUGUUGUGAUGCAGUCUGUGGCUCUCCAGUCCCAACCCUGGCUGGACACUGGCAUGACCCCUGACCUGGCAAAACUUUACCAAUCCCAGCUCAGCCCAGCUCUGCUUUCGCAGCAACCCCAGCUCAGCCCAGCCUUGCUAGGGUCACCACCACAACUCAACUCUGGAUUACUAGGUCAGUCAUCACAUCCUAGUCCCAUACUGCUAGGUCAACCACCUCAAGGAAGCCAAACUCUGCUAGAACAACAGCAGAGUAAGAGAGGACGGACACGCAUCACUGAUGAGCAGCUGAGUGUUCUGAGGCAGCACUUUGACAUUAACAGCCUCCCCAGUGACGAAGAGGUUAACAAGAUAUCCUCCAUGUCUGGGCUGCCUCACAAAGUUAUCAAACACUGGUUUCGCAACACUCUGUUUAAGGAGCGCCAGCGAGACAAGGAUUCCCCCUACAACUUUAAUAACCCCCCCACCACAGCCUUGGAUGAGUCCAAAGAAGAAAUGGCACAAAUGCAGUCUCUGACAGACGCACCCUCUUCAAUAUCCCCUGCCCUCCCGGCCAGCCACUCCCCACAGCUACAGAGAGCAGACCCCCAGAGAGGAGAGACCCAUAGGGGACGUCGCUCUUCCCGUACCCGCUUUACUGAACAACAGCUGGAGACCCUACAGGGGGUGUUUGAAGCCACUCCUUAUCCCAGAGAGGAAGAAUACGACCGGUUGUCUGCUCUGCUGUCCCUACCUAACCGAGUAAUCGUUGUAUGGUUUCAAAAUGCCAGACAGAGAGCUCGCAAAAACCAAGACAGAGGCACAGAGGAUGGAGUUGAGGGAAAGACCCAGGGUGAUUGUGUUCAAAGACAGAGUGGUGACCUCACUAAGAAUGAUGACAAAGACAAUGAUGACUUUGUUGAUGAUGGACAAAGUGACCGUCAAAAUGAAAACUCCAUGGAUCUGACCUAUGAGUAUUACUCCCACCCUGACUCACCUGCUCUUCUGGAUCCUCCACCUGACAGCACAGGGACUGGACACACGCUAGCCAAAGGUGAUCCAAGCCCAGUUCACCAGAAACAGGAAGAUAGCUCACCCCAAGUUGAGAGGAGCCAGGCCUCUGUUCAAACACAUAUUAGUAUUCCAGAGGCAAGUAGCCAGACUCAGAAUAAGGAAACUGUUGAGGCCACGCAGACAAUGUCCUCGCUCCCGCCCCCACCCCAGCCUCAGUUGGAAAUAUCCCCAGAGAGACCUCAACCUAGUUCUACCCCCUUGUCUCAAAAGCCAGCAGCCACCACCCUGUCUACAUCUCAGUUCAGCCUGCAACACAUUCACAACCAUCUAUCUGCUCCAGUGGUUGAAAAGCCUCCUCAUACUCCACACAGCUUCUCCCCUGCCCCAGAGAAUGAAACGAGUAACCAUCAGCUGCCAGAUGCCACCCCAUGUCCGUCCCCUGAAAUCCAGCCACAGAAUUCAAUUCAAACACAGGCCCAGUUCCAAUGCACCCUAUGCCCUAUGUCUCUGCCUUCGUUUCAGCUGUGGCAGGAACACCAGACCAGGCAUCUCUUAGCAGCCCAGUCCCAGGUCCAACUCCUGCACUCCGGCUUCACUGAUCGACCCAUGCCGUACAUGAUGCUACACCCCAACCCAACUCUGAUGGCCAGCCAACUGCUCUCAGGUGCUAUAUCCCAGAUGCACCCUAAACCCACACACCCCAUGAUUCCUCAUAUGAACAGCAUGCACCUCAAAAACUCGUUCUCUGACCUCUCGAGCAACUCUCUUACCAGCCUGCCUCAAACUUCCCUGUCCACCAUAAAGCAGAGUUCAAAGGUUAUGUCAGAGGUCAGUUAUGAAGCCCCAGCAGGUGGGAGGGAGGUUGAGGAGGAGCAGAGGAGGGAUAAGCGUCAAAGGACCACGAUUACCCCAGAACAACUGGAAGUGUUGUACCAGCGCUACAGCUUGGACUCUAACCCCACCAGAGGGGUCCUGGAAAGCAUUGCACGUGAUGUUGGCCUCAAGAGACGUGUGGUUCAGGUGUGGUUUCAGAAUACACGAGCCAGAGAGAGAAAGGGACAGUUCCGUUCACUGGGGCCAGGAACCAGUUUCAGUUUGGGUCUGAACCACCUGCGUUGCCCAUUCUGCAGAGCGCUCUUCAAGGUGAAGAGUGCUUUGGAUGCCCACAUGCGGUCCCGACACUGGGCAGAGGCUGAAAAAGCGGGCUACAACUUGUCCAUGAGUAAUGGAUCCAAUAGUCAAAUGGCAAACAUGGUUAUGACCUCACUCAUGGAAAAGGCAGGUCCAUCUGCCACCUCCAAUUUUAACCCAAACCCCAUCGAUAACAAAGAGUUACCUUUAAAGCCACCUAUAACCUCUAAUCCCUCAGCCAUUGACCUGAACAACCCAGAGGAGGAAUGUGAAUAUGAGGAAGAGGAGGAGGAAGAGGAGUAUCCAUGUGAAGAGGGCUCUAGCAUAGCUGAACAAGAGUCUCUGAGUCCUGAGGGGUCAGGAGGUCCGAGCUCAGAAUGGGGUGAGACACAAACUCCGCGGCAACACCAACAACGCCAACGGACACAGAUGAGCCACUUCCAAGUGCUUCAGCUCAGAGACUUUUACCGAAACCACCGGACACCCAACAGACAAGAGUGUGAGGCCCUGGGCCAAGAACUGGGUCUGCCCCACCGAGUGGUGCAGGUGUGGUUUCAAAAUGCCCGGGCCAAGGAGAAGAGGGCUCGGAGUAUUAGCUCUGAUUCUGCAGAGAGGGAGCAGGCUGAGCUUACCGCUGGGGCAGGGGAGCGAGACAGAGCUUAGAGAGGCGAAAAGGGCCCUUUUUCUUCCCUCUCCUACGUUCACCCACAAAACUGUCUUCAUACCUCCUCGUUCUCCUCCAAAUCUCCUGUCUUCCUCUACAUCACCAUCCAAUUUGCUGCCAAACCUGUAUC